AAGAUAAACAAGCUGAGCCAGUCAUUGGUGUAUUCUCGCGACUUUGAUUAAUUGCAGAGAUGACAGAAGAGCUGAGAACAAUAUGGCGGCAAUUGCCACGCAGCUACCGAUACGUGUGCGGUUAAAAAGGAUGACUGGGCUUCUGGUGGGUCUUUUAUUACUGCAGGCAUUGAUAUUUUACAAGUUUAGGCCUACAGAAAAGCAAAGAUACACGAGAAAACGUGACUUAACUCUCAACAACACUGACAGCCGACGUGAAUCAGAAGGAAUUUCAUUCUUAUCAUUUUUAGCGCAGUAUCCAGUUAAAAUUAUUUCGUCUUUUUAUGGCAAUUCAUUUUCCGUUAACACUUCAUAUGCAUACAGGAUGUCAGAUACACCAUCAAAAGUGAAUUCCAGUAUUUUAAAAAUAAAAGACUCUGUCACCAGGAAUGCGGAAGGACUUAAUAAGACGUGUUCUAUCCAAGAAACGGCUUUAGCUAGAAGACGAAUGGUGAACUUGAAUCCGCCAUCUUGGAGAGAGCUUGAGAACAAAUUUAAAGAUACUGGUUUACUACCAGGAGGCCUCUGGAGACCAAAGAACUGUAAUCCCAACGUUCACGUCGCCAUUAUAAUACCUUUCCGAGGACGGGAUUCACAGCUGAGAGUUUUUCUUAAUAACAUGAUUCCGUUGUUUCAGAAACAAAACUUAGACUACGGGAUAUUUGUUGUAGAUCAGCGUGAAGGCCCUCCAUUCAAUCGCGCCAUGCUAAUGAACAUUGGUUUCAUGGAAUCAUCAAAGUUAGGAAACUACAACUGCUUCAUCUUCCACGAUGUAGAUUUAAUAGCAGAGAAUGAGUUCAAUAUAUACAGAUGUGCGGAGAAACCUAGGCAUAUGUCAGUGCUUAUUGACAAAUAUAACUACAAGGUUCUUUACAAAGACAUAUUCGGUGGCGUGACUGCGUUAACUAGAGAACACAUGCAGAAAGUGAACGGGUUUUCUAAUGUUUAUUUUGGAUGGGGAGGAGAGGAUGAUGAUAUGUCGAAAAGAAUUCGGGACAAAAACGGCCCUGGUCUAAGCAGUGUUCCCGGUGAGAUUGGACGGUAUAAAAUGAUCAAACACCAGCACGAAAAAAGUAACCCUAUAAAUUCCUUGAGGUGGGAUCUGUUGAAAUCAACCCUCAACAUGUGGAAGUCAGAUGGACUGAGCAGCUUGGAGGGACGAUAUUCUAUACUGAAAUUAGAACGACGCCCCCUGUACACUUGGAUGUACACGGAUGUUGAUGAAAAGGCUAUUUUAUGGGACGAUGCCAUGGCAAAAUAUCGGAAGAAUUCUUGGGUGCAAUACUUACUUACGUUAAAUCAUACCUUUAUAACUGCAUCACCUUCAAUUUCUGACGGAGCAAGGACGAUUCACAGUAUCGACCUGUUUGUGAAAUCACCAUGUAUUCCAAAAUGUCUUUCUUUUAUUAGUCUCUGUGUUAUUAGUAUUUGUGCCAUUAUUUUAACCAAUUUGUGAGACUACCUUUUACUGCUAGUAAUAAUCAUCUUUAUUGUAUUGUCGUCUAUUAAUAUAUUAGCGCCUUUUUCAAAGAGACCAUGUUGUUUAGAUUAUGUCAAGUCUAGAUUACUCUAGAUUACAGUAGAGAAAUUUGACUAUUUCAGUUUGACCCCGAUGAGGAAACUGUUUUAGACAACUGAAAUAAAGCAUUUGG